AGCAUUUCAAGCUUAGCUUUCAAGUGUUUUGAGCUUCUUCUUCAGCAACAGAUCUGUGGCUCUAGAUCUAAUCGAGUAAAGAAAGAAACAAAACAAUGAAAAAGAAAAAUCGAGAGAAAGAGGAAAUGAGGCACGGUGGAUCGAGAAGGAGGCGGGCUUCGAUACGGUCGUUUGUAGUGGCCUGCGCGAUGAUAUUUGGCGCCACGGGCCUGUUGAUGCUCAAUCUGAGAGCCGUUGAUCCUCCGACGGGUCCCACUAUUCUCACGAAUCGAGAUUCCGAUCCAAUUUCUAGAAGCUCCGGCGAUGUCGGAAACGGAACUCAGACUCAGGCUCAGACGACAAAAAGAGGAACGAGGCCGUGCGCGACGGUGGAGGAGAUGGGAGAGCACUUCAAUGGAGGAUUCUGGAAAGAGAGUCUUAGAGUCAGAAGAAUUAUUCUUCGACAUUUUUCUCUCAGUGGUGCAACGAGAGUCCGAAAUCUUCCUCCCGAGCAAUUCUGCCGACAUGGUUUUGUGUUGGCCAAAGCAUCACAGGCAGGCUUUGGCAAUGAAAUGUACAAGAUUUUAAGUGCUGCAGCAUUGAGUAUAAUGCUAAACCGGUCGCUGAUCGUUGGGCAAACCAGGGAAAGAUUUCCAUUUGGGGAUUACAUUUCUUACUCCAACGUUUCCUUUACUUUGAAAGAAGUCAAGCAUCUCUGGAGACAGAAUAAAUGCGAGAAAAAGUUUGGAAGACGUCUCACUAUAAGGACUGAUAAUUUUGAGAAGCCAACACAGACUAAUGUUCUUUGUGGCAACUGGAAGGCAUGGAAACAACCCAUCAUAUGGUUCCAAGGCACAACAGAUGCUGUGGCAGUUCAGUUUUUCUUGAAGAACAUACACCCUGAGAUGAGGAGUGCUGCUUCUGAUUUAUUUGGACAGUCAGAGGUUCUCCAAUCCCGUCCUAAUGUAUUUGGGGAACUGAUGAGGGUCCUCAUAUCUCCUUCAAAGAGCGUUGAGGAAGCUGUAAAUUGGGUUCUUGCUGGUGGAGCUGAUCCUGAUAUUUCAUUGCACAUGCGGAUGCUUAUGAACAAGUCUGUAAGAGCCUUACAGGCAGCUCUGAACUGCAUUAAAAAGGCCACAAACAAUCUUAGCAAGACCUCAAAACCCAGGGUGGUCGUAGUUUCAGAUACUCCCUCCCUUGUGACAAGCAUUACACCGGAUAUUAUUAAAUUUGCUGAGGUACUUCAUUUUAAUUAUGAACAUUUUAGAGGAAAUAUAUCAGUGCGUGCCAAUAGUUUGCAAGGUCCAGAUUUUAGAGUGAAAGAUUGGGGUCCGGCACCCAGAUGGGUUGCCUUUGUGGACUUCUUUCUCGCUUCACGAGCAAAACAUGCUGUUGUUUCUGGAGCUCAUAGGCGUGUUGGAACCACCUAUGCCCAAUUAAUUGCAGCGCUUGCCGCAGCCAACAGUUUAGGUGAUAAUGCCACUAGUUCUAGUUUCUCUUUCUUAAGCAGCUUCCAAAGGAACUUGUUGAGAGAAGGUUUGAGGUUUCAGAUUGGGUGGGGACAUGUCUGGAACAGAUUCGCGGGUCUCCUGAGUUGUCACAACCAGCCUCACCAAUGUGCCUUCACGCCAGUUCUCCCUCCAGCAUGGUGGGAUGGCCUAUGGCAAUCCCCACUUCCCCGGGAUGUGCGUAGGUUGGAGGAUUUCGGGGUCCAAUUGUCUGGCUUGGGUACGAUUGACGAAAGUCAUCUUCACUCUUUCUGUAAUUCAAGGAAAAGUGUUGUGAAAGCAAUUCCAAUACCAUUGUGAUAGGCAUUGCAUCUUAUACCUUCAUUUUUUGUGUAACCAUAGUGACUAUGAUUAUGAGCAAACUUGCUGUUAUCUUUCAUGCCCUCUCAUUUCAUCCAAUAUAUUCCAGCAAUUUAAGACA